UGCUUCCUUACUCGAGACACACACACACACACAAAAACCCUCUCUUGCUCUCUCCCCCUCUCUCUCCGUCGUUAAGCAAUGACGUCUGUAAUUGAAAACGAAGAUUUACAAGACGCUCUUGAUGGCAUGGGGAUCCACGAGGUUAGUAUAGUGAACACUUUCGGGAAUUUGAGUAAAGAUGUCAUGCAAAAUGUCUUUGGUGAUUCUUCUGGGGUGGAAGAUUUCAAUGGCCUUAAGCCGAUUUUCAACUAUGACCAUCAAAAUAAUUUGGAGGCCCGAUUUCUGGUGUUCAAAAAUGCAUUGGUUAUGUAUUCCCAACAUCCUUUUGAAAGGGAUGCCCGCCUACUGCAUGUUGCCUUGAACGACCUGGAAAACUUCCACCAAAAAAAGGUGGUAGUUGAAUUAAUGUGCACUAGAACAUUGCCAGAGAUCGUGGGAUUUAGCAUGGCAUAUGACGCCAUCUUUAGAACAAACUUCAAAGAAGACCUCAAAGCCAUUACCCCCAAAACCCUUGACCUUCAGGUUUUGUUGGGGGUGUGUGAACUCCCGUACAAAGGGAAGAUGGAUUUAGAACACUGGAGACGCAACGGUGAUUUCUGUGGAAUAGUGGGCGCAGGCAAAGCAGAAGACGUGUUGAAGAAGAUGACAGAUGAUCGGAUUACAUCCAUCAACUCAUGGAUGAAAAACAACAUUGAUUUUCCAUUUGAUGAUGUUAAAACAAACAAAAUGUUUGAAAUCGUCCAACAAUGUAUUGAAGACCCGGUUGGCUAUUUUACGAAGGUGCUGGAGGAUUCAUUUUCAUCCCGGAGUGCUGACACAUUGACACGUGUAAUAGUGACACGGAACAGCAUUGACCUCGCCCUAAUCGAUGGAGAAUUCACUAAAAGGGGUAAGAAAUCUCUCUGUGAGAGGAUUGGAAAUACUUGUUUGGGCGAUUACAAAGACUUCCUCUUGACUUUGGUCCCUGCUUCAGCUGCACUAAUAACACCAAAAACAACAAAAACCCCAAAGAAAAAAAGGGGUAGUUUCUUCCCUUUCCGUUAAGAUCAAGUAUUAUUCUACUCUUCUAUUUAUAUUCUAAUGUAAUUUUAGGAGAAGAUAUUUAACAUCUAACUCCAAAUCUAAGAUUCUGUUAUAUUUGUUACAUUGUUUUCUUGCAU